AUGAAACUUAUAUGUCAUUUAGCUGCUCGAGCUUUAGAGCUAAGCACAUUGUCGGAUAGUGGUUUAGGGGUCUAUACGACAGUUUUACGUAUAGCUUGUUAUUACGCACCAUUUAAGUUCACUUUUACUAUUUUCUGUUGGCGCGUCGAUUGUUUGCCACGUUAUUUUUCGCUUGCUUCGAUUUUAAAAUUUACUUCAGUGUGA